UACUUUGCCAUGCUGGAGACCUUCUUACUCUUACCAACAUCCUCUGUUUUCCCAUCUCCUCUUUGGGAUACAGCAGAAAAAUCUCAACUGGGAAGCUAUAUUCUGCCUUCUCCAGUAAAAACUUGUCUGUCUCUGUCUGCAGUUUGGGAAUAAUCUCUAUGCCAAUGGCUGACGAGAAUUGGACAACAGUGAAUGAGUUUGUCCUCCUGAGCUUCUCUACCCUGCAACCUGAACUUCAGAUGCUGCUCUUUGCUCUCUUCCUCACCAUUCAACUUGUCACCUUGUUGGGCAACACCCUCAUUAUAGUGGUCACUACUGCAGACUCAGCCUUGCACAGUGCUAUGUACUUCUUCCUCAGGAAUCUUUCUGUGUUAGAGAUCGGCUUUAACAUGGUCAUUGUACCCAAGAUGUUGGAGACUCUACUGGCUCAUGAUACAACCAUCACCUUUCUAAGCUGUGCCACUCAGAUGUAUUUCUUCUUCUUCUUUGGGGUCUCAGAGUGCUGUCUCCUGACCACAAUGGCAUAUGAUCGUUAUGUGGCCAUAUGUGAUCCCCUGCGCUACCCAGUUAUCAUGAAUCACAGGGCCUGUGUCCAUUUAGCUGCUGCUUCAUGGCUAACAGGUCUUCCUGUAGCCACUGUACAGGCUACAUGGCUCUUUAGCUUCUCAUUCUGUCAUUCCAAUAAGGUUAACCACUUUUUCUGUGACAGCCCACCUGUGCUAAGUCUGGUCUGUGGAGAUACAACAUUGUUUGAAGUGUAUGCUAUUAUAGGGACCACUUUGUUUGUCAUGAUACCCUGCCUCUUUAUACUGAGCUCUUAUGCCCGUAUCGUUGCUGCCAUCCUCAGGAUGCCCUCAGCUGAGGGGAAGCGCAAAGCCUUUUCUACCUGCUCCUCUCAUCUUGUGGUAGUCUCCCUCUUCUAUGGAUCUCUCAGUCUCCUCUAUUUUCGGCCCAAGUCCAAUAACUCUCCUGAAAGCAAGAAAGUAUUUUCACUAUCCUAUACAGUGGUGACUCCCAUGUUAAAUCCCAUCAUCUAUAGCCUGAGGAAUAAUGAAGUAAAGGCAGCACUUUCUAGGACUUUCCUUAGGGCAUUAAGUUUUUGUAAACUAUAACAUUCAGUUAUAGUGUUAAUUCCCUACUUUGUUCCUGAAUGAACUGGAGGAUUUUGGGAGCAGGGUGGAAAAUCACUUUGGUGUGAGAUUCUACUGAUAUUUGAGUGACAAAGACUACCCUUAUUUGAGAUAC